AUGGACACUGAAUUUAGCGAAAUCAUCUCAUCCCCACUCUUUACCUUCAUCGUUGGCAAAGCAAAGAAGGAAAUCACGGUUCAUUCCCAGGCCCUGGCUAGCCUGUCAUCCACGCUUGACAGAUUGAUAUAUGGCGAGAUGAUCGAAGCUAAAACCCGUAGGGUGGACUGGUCGGAGGUAACCGAGGAAGCAACCUUCCUGCGUCUGUGCGAAUAUGCGUAUGUGCGCGACUAUACCCCACCGCCGUGCUCGUACAGAGAGGUAGAGCCUCUGAGCGUUCCAGUAUCGAAGUCUCCAGAACCGGUCAAUGAGCUCAUCGAUGUGCCAGCCGAGCCUGAGGCCCCAGCUGAGUCUCCACCACCGCUUGAUUCACCACAACCCACUUAUGUGAAUGCCUCCAACAAAGCGAUCUUUGACGGUUACAUUCUACCGCGCAAGAAUCCUAAAAAAACGCGGUGGCUACGUCGCCUGUUUGAUUUCGACAAGUUCAAGGAACAGCACUGGCACGAUGACUUCAGAGUGAACAAGUAUGCUCCCAAGGGGAAUUCGCACCCUCGCGAAGACUUCACGGAUGUCUUUGUGGGGCAUGUGGAGCUCUAUAUUUUGGCUGACAGGUAUGGGGUCCUCCAACUCAAGGAGUUGGUUAAAUAUAAGCUGGCAGCCACAUUGAAGGAGUUCACUCUAUGCAAACACAAUGUCAUCGAUUUGGUGGAACCGAUUCAACUGCUAUACCAAAACACUUUGCCCGGUGAUACCUUGCGAGCUUUGAUUGUAGGCUAUGUUCUCUCAGUGCUUAUUCAGAUAGGAGAUAGUGCGGAUUUCCAAAAGCUAUUGGCAGAAGGUGGAGAGUUUGUUCUUGAUUUCUGGAAGACAUACUGGGAAGGUUAA